CGCAGUGCCAGAUGUGGUUCUCACUGAGCCCAGAGGAGGACACACCUUUAGGAGUAGACUCACAGUCUGUAGCUGAAGAUGGUCCUUUUAUUCCAGUUCCGCUGAUCCUGCGGCUCCUGGAUUGGGCUGGGAGGAACAGCUAGUCAUCAUGAAUUUCUUCCUGGAAACAAUCCAAGUCAUCUUUCUUUCUCUAUGGUUCAACAUAGAAUCUUUCAUUCACCUAUUGGUCCCCAGGAAGAAAAAGAACAUAGCUGGGGAAGUUGUUCUGAUCACAGGGGCUGGCAGUGGAAUUGGUCGCCUAAUGGCUCAGGAGUUUGCUGCUCAUGCUACCGUGCUGGUUCUGUGGGACAUUAACCAGGAGGGAAUAAAAGAAACUGCAAAGCUUGCCAAAAAUGGUGGAGCCAGCAGGGUCCACUACUUUGUCUGUGACUGUAGCAACAAGAAUGAAGUUUAUAAAGUGGCUGAUCAGGUUAAGAGAGAAGUUGGGGAUGUGAGCAUCUUGGUGAACAAUGCUGGAAUUGUGACAGGGAAGAAAUUCAUGGAUGCUCCAGAUUCUCUGAUUGAGAAGACCAUGGAGGUCAACACUAUGGCUCACUUCUGGACCUACAAGGCCUUUCUACCUGCCAUGAUUGCUAAUAACCAUGGUCAUCUGGUCAGCAUUGCCAGCUCUGCUGGACUCAUUGGAGUAAAUGGACUAGCAGACUAUUGUGCCAGUAAGUUUGCAGCUGUAGGUUUUGCAGAGUCAGUAGGCUUGGAGCUUCUGGCAACAGGGAAAGAUGGGAUCAAAACUACCAUUGUGUGUCCCUACUUUAUCAACACUGGGAUGUUUGAUGGAUGUCAAAGCAAGUGGCCAAGACUCCUGCCAAUCCUGAAUGCAGAGAGCGUAGCCAAGAAGAUUAUUCAUGCUGUACUCACAGACCAAGUCUACCUACUACUGCCUAAAAGCAUGUAUUUCAUCGCUGCACUGAAGAAUAUUCUGCCCAUGAAGCAAGGCGUUAUGCUGGGUCAGUACCUGGGAGCCUUCAACCUUAUGGACACAUUCAGGGGACGCUCCAAAAAGCAAGAGUGAGAGUCAAGAAUUAGAAGACAAUUUAAAUGUAGGAGAUAUAAAAACCAUGAAGCCAUCCAUGUGAAGUUUCUUCAUAGUUAAUGGUUUAAUUGUACACAGAAAAUGGAGAACAGCUGUGUAAGGACUGCUUUUUAAUUAAAUGAAGUAAUUUCAUUGUUUAUUUUUUAAAUUCUCUGUUAAUGUUUUGAGUUUCCUGACAAAUAUUUCUGUUAUAUCGCUAAAGUUAUCUUAUUUAGAACAGUACUCAAUUAAAUAAAGAAAUAUACCAUUCAGCAGUUAAUUAAACAUUAUUUCAAUGUUUGGCUUUUAUUUCCAUUGUGCAUGCUUAAACUCACUCAGAACUAGGUAAGGAUUAUUUCCCAUUACUCUUUCUGUGUAUGUCAUUGAACAGAGAUGUUCUGUGUGUUGCCAUUAUAAGCACCACAUUGUUGAUAUGGGGGUUGAUGAUUCACUACAAUCUAAGGAAGAAGAGAUGACAUAUGGUGUGUGCAUAUUUUAGUAAUGGGAUUUCACCCUCUGAAACAAGUAAUAAAAAAAGAAACAGCUUGUUUUUUUACUAAUGUGUCAGAAUCUUCAAUGACAUUUAAUUAAUCUAUCAUGCUUGAUUCUAAAUAUUUUUUCAAUAAACGGAGAUUAAUGUGUGCACUGAGCUGUUUACUGUGCCCACUGUGAUAGCCUGGUGAUCUGUGUUUCUGGACACAUAUCAUAGUCGUAGAAUUAGAUGACUGUGUAUGAAUAUGGAAAAAUGGGUAAUUGUUCGAUUCUCUGAUCCAUAUAUUUUGUGUUACUAAUAUAUUAAAUUUAAAAAGAAAAUGAAAGUAAAUAUCAGUUUCUUCGUGGGCUUUUUUUUCCAAUUUCAUUUUUAUUUUAAAUUGAAAAUCCAAUAACUCCAACUGUUCUACUUUUCUGGUUUGUGAUAAAAAUAUCCGACUACCAAAUAUUGCAUGGACCAUAUCUGAUAUACGGGUUUAUAAGAUCAAGACAAGAUUUUUAUGAUUUUUGUAGGGAAGCUAAGAUUGCCAUUUUGUUUCCACAAAUAAAGUGAUCAUUUCAAAAAUCACAAA